AUGACAAAAGCAAAGGCGGCUAUGGCCCUCGAGGACUACAAGAAGAAUUCGCUCAGCGCAUCCCACAUUUACGAAGAAGAGAAGUACCUAACCCUCGAGGCAUACUGUGAAAAACGAGGGUCUCGGGUGACACCGCAGGCACUAGUCUACGGAUCCCUAGGCGCCAUUGUACAAGAGAAGCAAAAGGGCUACGAUGGGGCUGCGUGCGCUUCGCGCUGGAUACGGGCUGUAGUGCACCGGCACUACAAUGGAGCUUUGGUGUGGCCUCUAGAGGCCUAA